GUUUUUGGGGGCUUGUCAACAAUGCAGGAAUAUCAACAUUUGGCGAGACAGGGUGGCUGUCUAUGGAGAAAUAUGAAAAAUUUGCAGAUGUGAAUCUCCUUGGGAGCAUCAGGACAACCCUGGCAUUUCUUCCCCUUCUAAGGAAAUACAAGGGACGCAUUGUUUUCAUGUCCAGCAUUAUUGCCUAUGUUGCUCUGGGAAAUGGUAUUUAUUCUAUGACCAAGGCAGCUAUUGAAAAAUUUUGUGAUGCUCUAAGACUGGAAAUGAAGAAGUUUGGUGUCCGGGUCUGUAUUAUUCAGCCAGGAAAUUAUGCACGCUCUACAAAAAUCCAGCCACCGGUCAGUGCUGAAGAGAUUUGGAAUGAACUCAGUGAAGAGGAAAAGGCAGUUUACAAUGAAGAGUACGUUCAAGAGCGGGCAAACUUUUUCAACAGCAUUCUCAGCGAAGGAAGCACUAACGGCAACGAGGUUGUAGAUGUUAUGGUAGAUGCUUUGACAUCUCCUGCACCCAAGGCACGUUACAUGGUAGCGAAGCUGAAGGAAAAAGCGCUGGUGGUUGUGUGUGCUUUAUUCCCCACCGUUGUGAUGGAUUCCGUUUUGUCUUAUGCUCUGAGUAAAGUAAAACUUGUGUAG